AUGAAAGGCAGUAGUAGGAAUAAGGAUCAUUCGACAGAAGGAGAAGGAACUGGGAAGCGACCAAAAAGAAAGUGUCUUCAGUGGCAUCCCCUGCUUGCCAAGAAGCUCCUUGACUUCUCUGAAGAGGAAGAGGAAGAAGAAGAAGAGGAGGAUAUUGAUAAGGUGCCACUCCUUGGCGCUGACGGGUUAGAGCAGGAUGCUGAUGAAACUGAAGAUGACGAGUCCUCAGAGCAACGAGCCCGCCGACCAAUGAAUGCAUUUCUUUUGUUCUGCAAACGCCAUCGCUCUCUCGUGCGAAAAGAACACCCUCGCCUCGAUAAUCGUGGCGCAACCAAAAUCUUGGCAGAUUGGUGGGCUGUUCUAGAUCCAAAAGAAAAGCAGAAAUACACUGACAUGGCCAAGGAGUACAAGGAUGCAUUUAUGAAGGCGAAUCCGGGGUACAAGUGGUGCCCCACAACGAACAAACCUGUAAAAACCCAGGCCUCCACUGUUACAAACAGGAAAAAGCUAUGGGCCUUUGCAUCAGACGCUGCAAAGGACUUACCAAGCCCGAAGAAAGUAACGAAAAGUGAAGAAAUGCCACAGCUUAACUUCGGGAUGGCAGAUCCUACACAAAUGGGAGGCCUGAGUAUGCUGCUUCUAGCAGGGGAACAUGCCCUGACUGCACAAGAGGUUUCCUCCAGUACUUGCCAGUCUGAUGGAACUAAUUCUACGGAAGCCUGUCAGAAGUCAUCAUUGUUUCAGUUUGCAGAGAUCUCUUCAAGCACAUCACAGCCUGGAGUCCCGGGAGCUGUAAAACAAACUGAGGAGUCUGCAUUGUUUCAGUUUGCUGAGAUCUCAUCAAAUACUUCCCAGUUGUCAAGUCCUGAGCCAGUAAAGCACUGUGGGAAGUCGGCACUCUUCCAGUUGGCAGAGAUGUGCCUUGCCUCAGAAGGAGUAAAAGUGAAAGAACCUGGGAAAACAAAAGUGGAAGCACCAGAAGAUGUGGGAAGGGAAGAUCCAGAGGAAAUGGAAGUAGAAGAACUGGAGAAAACAACAAUAAAGGACUCCUGUAAAGGAAAAGUAGAACCAUCAGAGAUAGAGAAAAUGCAAAACCAGGAUGAGACAAAAGCUGAGGAAUCAGAAACUGCAAAAUGCAGAGAUUUUACUAGUCUUGCAAUGGAGAGCAGUCCUUUUGAGAGAAAUGAUAACACAAAGGAUCACAGGUGCUGUUCUCCAGAGCUUUCAAUGGCUGACAUGAAUAUCCUCGGGCUAAAGCCGGAAAAGAUAAAGAAGAAAAAGAAAAAAAAUAAGUUGGACCGGCACGCAAAUGAAAAAUCCACCCCCAAGAAACCUUGUAAAAAGAGGCAGUCCUCGGAGUCGGACAUUGAAAGUGUAAUGUAUACAAUUGAAGCCGUGGCAAAGGGGGACUGGGGUGCUGAGAGACUCGCGGAAACUUCCCGCAAAAAAACUCGCCCUGUCUCAAAUGUGAAGGGAAGUGUGUUGGAUACAAAAUCACCAAAGAAAAAAGUGAAAUCAAAAGAGAAAAAAACAUCAAAGGAGAAACCCCCGGAGACCACCAAAGAAUCAAAGCCUCCUGACUUCCUUAAUAUUGCAGCCAGCAAGGAGGUACCCUGUGAGGCUUCUGAUAACGUUAAAGUGGAACCACUGACCCCAACAGAGGAGGUGGUACCCCAGAGCUUACCAGGACAGGUCAAAACUGAGGACAGUGACUGUGUUAAAAAGAUAGAAACCUGUGGCUCCAGGAAGUCUGAGAGAUCUUGCAAAGGUGCUCUUUAUAAAACUCUGGUGUCAGAGGGCAUGCUCACAUCUCUGCGCGCUAAUGUGGAUAGAGGAAAAAGAAGCUCAGGAAAAGGCAACUCCUCAGAUCAUGAAGGAUGCUGGAAUGAAGAAAACUGGGCUUUUUCCCAAAGUGGGACAAGUGGGAACAAAAAACUGAAAAGGCCUAAGCCAAAGGAAGAGUUUGUUUUUGGCUUAGCAAAGUUGGAAGAAGAAUUUGAAAAGAAAUUCAACAGCCUCCCUCAAUACAGUCCUAUUACCUUUGACAGGAAAAAUUCGGCUGUUCCAAGGAAAAAGAGAAAGCUUGGAAGUGGCUCGUCUGAACAACCUAAAUCCAACAAAGGUUCAUUCCAGUCUCAGAAAAAGAACUUAUUCCACAAAAUUGUCAGCAAAUGUAAGCACAGAAAGGAGAAGCUUAAUGUUCCGGACAAAGCCAUACUCUCAGAAGACAGGAAUUCCAGUGAGUCUGCCUGGAAGAAUAAAAUUUCUAUAUCUGCCCUAAACACUCCAGAGCCAGCAACGAUGCAUGAGCCUUUAGUUGGCAGCCAGAAAAGGAAAGCGAGGAAAACUAAGAUCACACACCUGGUCCGAACAGCAGAUGGUCGAGUGUCACCAGCAGGAGGGACACUGGAGGAUAAGCCAAAAGAUCUGCCACAAAGUACUCUUCAGAAAACAUCAAGUGCAGAAACAGAUUGCAACAGUGAAUGCUCCAGAAAUGCAGAGACAGAAGAAAAUCAUAGUAUUACGUCAGAUAUGCCAGCAGUGUCUGCAUUUUUUAGCUUAGCUGCUCUGGCAGAAGUAGCAGCCAUGGAAAAUGUUCACAGAAGUCAGAGGGCCACACCUCUCCCACAUGACGGACAGCCAAAUGAAAUGUCUCAGGCUCCAGUGCUUAUUUCCUGCGCUGACCAGUGAAGCUCCACUUUAUUGUAAAACAUUGUGCUUUACCUAAUAUCCUAGCCUUGUCUUUACCAAGGGAAGCUAGUCAGUCCAUAUGAUGGAAACUAUAGACUGCAAGCAAGUGCUUAUUGCUCUGAGUGGCCCAGAAUUCACUGGAAGCCAGGCGUUAGCAACUUGGGCCAGGUCCUCAAAUCGGAACCCAGUAUGUAGGAGGGUGAUAUUAAUUGUCUAUUAAUGAACAGAAAUGGAAUGAUCCCAGAGCUUGCUUUCUAUUGAAGGCUUUUAAACAGUAAAUAGGUGGUUGGUGUGAAAAAGGCUGCCUUUACUGUUAGCUCACACAGCAUCUCUUUUACCAACCAGAGUACGGCAACUAGUUUCGUAUAAUACCUAGUUACUCUAAAUGAAAAUGAAAAAAAAAAAAAAA